AUGGCCAACGGAUUGGUGUCUCAUAACAACACAGGUGACUAUAAUAUUUACACUAUAAUGUGUGCACAAGUAAAUAUUUUGAAGAAUUUUUAGGUUAAACCACUUAUGUUUCAUUACUCUUUAAAAAAUAUUAAACCUUUUUUGGGGAGUUAAACCCCUAGCCCACCUUUUUGUGUACAUUUCUGAUUUACACAUAUCCCUAGGCUGUGGUUAAUUUUUUUUCAAUAGCAAUUGUAACGAUAAUAUUUUCAGAACCAACGGCACAAAUUUUCAGUAUUCAAGAAAAAUCUGACUGGAUUAUAUAUAAUCGUUACGUACAACGAGAUUUGGAAUUGUGUAAAUUAUUAAUUGAUCAAGAGUUACGGCACACCAAAGACAAUAAUGAUUUUGCAUUUUACAUAUUGGUAAUAAUAAUAUUCAAUUUAAAAAUGAGGAAUACAACUUACAAAUAAAAGGAAUUAGAUAUGCUUGAUAGGAAUUGAUUACAUAUAACAUAUUCUUUCUGGAAGCAUCUAUAUAUUUAUUGUACCUAUAUAAUAUUAUUUUUACAUAUCUUUUAAGUAUAUUACAAGUAUAGUAUAUGUUUUAGGGGUUAAUAUUUAGAGAAGAAGGUAAGAUAAAGAAUUCAUAUUGGUGUUUUCACAGAUAUUACGCAUUGAAUCCAUUAUGCGUAGAAGGAAUUAAACAGAUUGCUCGAUCAUGGUAUGUUUUAAUUAUGAGUAGUAUUAUAUUUAACCACAGUAAUAGCUAUCAGUUCAAUCUUAUAUUUAUCACAUUUUUUUUAAUAUUAUGAUUGUAUCUUUAAAAUUAAUGUAUUUAAGAUACAAAUUGUGAUUUCUAUCUAUGAUAGUAUUAUAUUUUGUAUUUCAUUUCAAUUUUAAAUAUUUUAAAUUUGAUAAUUUGAUCUUAUUUCUAAAAUAAAAAACAAGAUUGGUUUCGUUGUAAAUGGAGAAUAUUGGGCAGAACAUAUUUUCAUAUUAUGUGCUGUCAAGAAAUGCUUGUUAACUAACAAACUUAGAUUUAAGUAAAUCUAAUAUUUAUAAUGUUAAAUAAACUUAAAUUAAUAUUUUUUAAGUUCACCAGUACUUAGAAUUCGCAUAUUGAUAUAAUAAUUAGUUUCUAUAGCAUAUAUAAAACAAUUUUAAUGAAAUAUACAAAUUUAACAAUAUUCUAUAAAAUAUAUCUACUAAACAAAGCUAUUAUUAUUUUAGAUAUUUAUCAUAUAUGUAUAGAACUAGUACUUAGUAAUUAGAACCUAGUACUUGCUGACAUAUAAUAGGACUUGAAAACUUAAAAUUUAAAAUAGGUACCUAGAUGAUCAAAAUCAUAGGUACCACAUAUGUGUACUUACUGUGGUUAAUAAUUUAUUUCUAUUAUUUUAAAUAUUGAACUAUUUUUCAAUAUAAUACUUAUUACGUAACUAUACAGUAAUAUGAUAUUAUUUUAGUUUACUUUUGGGUAGAAACGACGAAGCCAAGAAAAUGUAUUUGGAAGCAGAAAAAAUGUGCAGAGAACCAGACACUAAAAUAUAUUUUAAUCUCGGUGAAUAAAAAUAAUUACAAAUUUAAACAUGUUAUGUUUUUGGGUAACACGAUCAAAUUAUUCUCCAAUAAUCAAUGCAGGUUUGUGUUACAUGAAUUUGGGAGAAUUGGAUAAAUCUAAAGAAUAUUUUCAUCGCACUAUACAACUUAGUAGAAAUCAAAACGCAUACGAAAAAUUGGCUACGAUAUUCGCCAUGGAAAGUAAUUUUAAAAACGCGACCAGUACACUAAUAACGGCAUCCAAGUUAGUACAUACCAACCUACUUAAUUUACAAAUAAUAUAUUAUAAUUUACCCUUAUUUGUAUAAAAUAUUUUAAUAAAACCCGACCGACACUUAUAUACCAUAAAACGUAUUCAAUAUGCGUGUACAAAUUGAUAAUAAUAUGCACGUGGAUACAUAUUAUGAAAAAGAAAAUAUAAAUACUUUGGUAGCUAUUUAUUUUAUAAUCACAGUCCUCUUGAUUCGCAUUUAUGCAUCCAAAGGUUAUUUCCAUUCAGCACGAACUUAUCUGUGGACUUGGGUUUAUUGUACAUGAAACAACGUGAAUACGAUCAAGCUUUUAACGUACUCGGAAACACACUAUGUCAAGAUCCCGUAAAUCCUAAAGCACUUUUAACGUUAGCAGCAGAAAUUCAGGUACCUAUAUCGUAAUAUCAAAAUUUACCCAGUAGUAUUCCCAUAGGAUGUAUACUGCUACCUAUUAGGUCAGUGGCAUAAACUGGAAGUCACAUGGGGUUGCACUUGCGACCACUGAAAAUAUCAUAGGGUCGCAAAAAUAUAUUUUUUUUUUUUACGAGCUCAAACCAAUCCUAUAUUACCAAAAAUGAUUAAUUUAAAAACAUAACUAAUGUACGGUUUUCAAAAAAAUAAAAAUAAAUGUAAUAUUUUUAAGUAGAUGUUAUAAAUACCUAAUCAACAGUAUAGUAAACAUUAAUCGGGAGGUAUUUCAGGACCCAAUGUUUAAAAUUUUUUUGAUAAAUCGUUUUUAGUGAAAAACGAUUCUUAGUGAAUUUCAAAUAUAUAUAUAUAUGUUUUAAAAUACCGUUAUAACUUAUAAUGAACGUCGAGUAAAUAUAUUCAAACAUUUCUACCCUGUAAAAACAAUUUUGUCCACGUAAAACCAAUAAAAACACAAAAUAUCGGCGGAAUGUUUUGAGUGUUAUACCGCAUCUAGAAAAGAUCAUUAUUAGUAUUCUGUGAAAAUUUAACAUCACUAAGACUACUUUAAACCAAGUUAGGUACGACUAAAAAAAUAACAAAAUUAAAAAUAAUGAAACUUCUCACAAUUAUUAUGAAAACGACAAGGAAAAUCAAAAUAUGACCAUUUUAUGCACCAACCAGACAAUAUUUUCUUUCAGUAAAGAAUAAAAAUAACAUUCUAGAAAUCAGGAAUAAGAUUAGCUACUGAUAGAAAAAACAAAUAAUGAAACACUUACUAUCGUAAAUUUAUCCGUUUUUCCUAUGCGUUUUUUUCCGAAUUUUCCCAAGUAGGUACCUAUUAUAAGAAAUACUUUCAAAAUUAAUAAAAGAUUUUCUAAAUUCACUGAUUUUUAUCAUAAUGCAAUUUAAUUAUACUAUGUACCGUGGUCAUUAUGUUGUAUUAUCCGCGUUCAUGUUUCUAAUUUAGCAUGGGACGUGGCUCUCCUAUUAGAGGCUCGUCCUCCGAAAAAACCUUUCUGUCUUCAUAAUAACUAUCUGCAGUAUGCCCAAAUUUCAGCCCUGUCCGUCCAUUGGUUUGGGCUAGGCGAUAAUGAACCAGACAGUCAGUCAGGACAUGUGAUUUUAUAUUGUAUUACAUAGAAUAUAGAUAGAUAGAAGAUAUACCUAUGUGCUCACCAUGUGUUUGAAAAACCAUAGGUACCUAAACUAACAUAUGUUAUACACGUAUAUAAUAGGUACGGUAUGUACGUAGAAUUCCAAAUAAUUCCGUACAAAUAAAAAAUUCGCCAUGAUAUAUUAUCGGCAUUGUUCAUCCAUACCACUUAUGCCACUUAAAUAUAAUCAGUGGAGCAAUCGGGAGGGGGGGGCUGUUUUGGGUGUCUAGACGUGUUUAAGUAAUAUAAACGUGUUAAAAUCGUGUUUUUUUCAUGUAGAUAUUUGAUACCCGCCGGCCGCCUUCAAAAAAUCCUGGUUGCUCUACUGAUCAUGAUAGUAAUAAAAAUUGUAUAUAUUUCAUCAUAUGUAUAACUAAAAAAUUCACAAUUUUCAUAAGAUUUAAAAUAUAUAUAUAUAUAUAUACUGUAUACAAAAUGUUUACUAUCAAUCUUACUUGAUGUAACAAGUGUAGCAUUCUAAAAACAAAUUUUACCUAUUUCGUAAUUUAUAAGGAGGCCAUUUUUUUUUGAUUUUCCAAGAAGUUUUCAUAAUAGGUAAUUGAGAAAAACUAGAAAAAAUUUUAAAUAAUAACUGACAAAUUUACUGCGUUAUACGAUUGCAUAAUUUUAAAUUUGCACGCUUUCUGUUUUCUACCCAGAAAUUUGCUCCAGUAGAAAAACAGUGAGAAAUUUUUUUUAUUGAACUUUUAAUCUUGUUGGUGACAGAGAAAGUGGUUUUUUGAUUUCCUUUCUGUUUUUUUUUUAAUAAUUGAGCAAAACGAAAAAAUGUGUAGCAAGAACAAGACAAUUUGCGAAAAUAUUACUUUUAUUAUUUACAAUUUUGUUUAAGAUUCUGAGAGGAGCGUGAGAUGUAUUGGUUUUACAAUGAUGUUUUUUUUUUCUUUAUUUGUGAACAACUUGUAUACCAGUAAUUUCGGUCCAAUUUACAUUGAUAGUACUUUUUCUGAUAUGAAAUCUAACUGGGUGGUACUUUAGGGAGAUCAUUUUUUGAUUCCCCUAGAAAUUUUCCCAACAAAUCGGAAAAAAAUGAGAAAAUUUACGAAACCCAUUUUGAGCUUUUUAUAGACAUUUUUAUUUAGAGAGUAUUUUACGUAAUUUUUUUCAGUAUGUACUCUGUGGAUAAAAUUGUUAAACUAAACAGAAAUACUUGAAACUAUAACAGGAGGUUCAUUAUAAUAAGUCGUAAUUUAUGUAUCCCACCUUCCCGUGGGUCAUGGGAUGCAACUAGUUGCAACUAGCCACCUAAAAAGCGGUCACACCUGUCCCCAGUAUCAGCUCUUUUUUAUUUUGGUGAUUACGUUUAAUUUUUCGUUUAAUUGAUGUAUAUUUUCUUACAAACGGUGUAAACCAUACAAAAGAUAAAAUAUCUCAUGUAAGGUAACGUACAGGAUGUUAUAGUAUACUCUUAAAAAAAAAUCAUGGGAACACCACUGAAUAUACCCUUUGUAGUAAAAUAUAUAGGUACUUAACUUGUAUUUAAAUAUUAUUAUCGCCAACAGAGAAAUUUCGGUUACGAUGAAGCAUUGGCAAAAUACACAAAAGCUGUUGGCGACUUAUCAGAAUGCUCUGAAACGUGGAACAACAUCGGCAUGUGUUUCUUUGGCAAACAUAAAUAUGUCGCGGUGAUGACAAUAUUAUUUUUUAAUUAAAAGUUUACUACUAGGGAACGGAUUUUUAUAUAAAUAGAUUUAUUCUAUACAUUCAUGUAUGAUGAGAAAUGUUCGCGAUUCAAAUCAUUCUUAUUAAAAUGACGCCAAUUUUAUUUUACAUGGGCAUUUCAACAUGAUUUCCGUUUCCAAUUCGUUAUUUUGUUCAACAUUGCAACCCGCGAUUAGAGCAAGAAAUUACUAGGGGUGAGCAUCGGCGUGUGUCGAUAUUGACAACAUCGGUUAUAGGUUUUUUUUUUCGUUUUUCUAACCGAUGUCAGACCUCCGAUAUUUAUCGGGGGAAAAAUGUGCUCAGUUCAAUAACCACGAUACUAACAAAAGUACACUAACAGAGUUUUUGAUGCAUAAUUUUUAAACGCUAUCGGAUUUUUUUAAGAUAUCGGAAAUUUGAAUAUCGGCUGUCGGAUAUAUAUGGAAAAAUAAAUCGGUUUAUCGGAAAAAAUUCAUAUCGGCUCACCCUCUAGAAAGAAUGCUAUAAAUUUAAGUUUUCCGGUGGUUAUAACAAUUUUAUUUUGUAUUCAUAGGUACUUUCCAUAUCCAUGUUUCGUGUAUUUCCCGUGCAUUUAUUAUGCUUGCGGUAAAAUUGUAUUAAUUUUUUUUUUUUUUUAUUGCACACCGAUUUUAUAAAUAAUGCUUUCAUAUUUAUGCAUUUUAAUUGCUUAUAAAUCCGUUCCUUAAUGUAAUAUAAAUUUCAAAAAAAAAAAAAAACCAAUGUUAUAUUUUCAAAUCAAAUGUCAUUGUUUUCUAUUAUUAUUGCACACAGGUAAAAUGAGGUGGGCACUUAUAUAGUUACUAUGCCUACCUUUUUCCGUACCUAAUAGUUUAUUGAUUUAUUCCUGGCUUACGUGUCGUUGUUAGUUUGCCGCCUGAUACCAUUGAUUAAAUAUACAUAGAUGAGCCAAGUCCACGGACAGUAUGGUGACAUGAAUUCUAGUAGCUUAAGAACGUCAAUGGGACGGCGGGUACGGUAGUUGCCCACUAAAUAAUUACUAUCGAAAUCGGGUGGUCGGUGAAAGUGUAUACGGGCCGCGAGGGGUCGCCGGCAAAAGACCUCGGCUGGCUGUCGAACCGCGAUAAAAAGCGCCUGUUCUGAGAAUAUAAAUUAAUAUUGAAUAUUACCGUUAUUUACUGAAGCCGAAACUAUCCGUGAUAUUGUUUUACAUUCCGAGUGAAGACACGGCGCCAUUCACGGUAUGCGGGUUUCGGCUGUACGGUAAAAAAUUAAUUUGGUUUACGCGGUUAUUGUCAAUCGGUGUAGUUGUUUUAUACGAACACGUAACAAUGGCAUCGCUAACCGCGCCCUAAACAUCGGUUAUAUUUAUAAUGUACAAUUAUUGUGGUCGACUAUCAUAACUUACGUGUGAAUAGAUUCGUGGAAGAAACAUUUCGUCUAAAUUUGACCAUCAAAUGUCUACAAAAAUAAUCGUGCAAAUAUUUAUUUUCAAGUUUUUUGGUUUCAUUUCAGAUUCUGAGUGGGAGUUAUGGAAAUAUAUUGAUUUUACAACGAUAUGUUUUUUUCCCCCUUGUGACUGGCACCACCUAUUGGGGCAGUUAAAAUAAUUCGAUUUUCUUUUCUGGUAGGAAACUAAAUCAAGUCUGUACUUUUAGGAGUCAAUGGUAAAAAAUUCCCAAUGGUUUUCAAAAAUGUGUCAGGAAAAGCAACGAAAAUCUGUGAUGUAUACGUUAAAUCGAUUUCGAACGGAAUCGAUUUUGGUUUUUGGUGUAACUCUAAACAAAUUUACCGUAGAUAGAUGGCAUUUUCACUGGAUGUUUAAAUCAACAAUUUCUAUAUACCAUACAAUUUUGAAAAUAUUUUGACUCUUUUUGAGCUAUUUAUAGGCAUGAGAAAAUGUCUACUUUUAUUUGUUUUUUUAAAAUUAUUGUCGAUAAAAUAUAUUUGUUCGGUCAAAAUACUUGAAAAUUAAAUACAAGUAUACUCAAAGGUUGAUAAUGGAAAUUAAUGGAAAAUAAUUCUAUUAUAAAUUUUCAUUGACUAAUUUAGUAGCAAAAAUAUUAUUUCCACAGUGUGUAAGAUCCGCUGUCUUGAUGAACUUACUUCUUUCGGAAAACGAUAGAGUUUAAGACCCAACUCAGAACGAGCACUUUUACCACGGUUUACGUAUGGUACACUUAGUACCACAAGCACUGAACAUUUUAAAAAUGUAAUAUUAUUAUAUUGAACAGUAAACAGACAAAAAUAUAAUAACUUAGCACAUUUCAAAUUUCGAUUCCGCAAUGAUAAUCGGUCUUGGUAAAACAAAACACUUCCAUGGCAUAACAAAUUAUUAACAGCACAACCUAUUGGCAUGGCUCCCACACUACUGCAUUUCUGGCUUCCAUUUCACUUUAUAAAGCGUUAACGAAUAUUCCUAUCACUUGGACCAUCUAUGUAUAAUUUAAUCAACGCCAAUACUUAAUCAAUUACCUACCUAUAAAUUUGUUUCGUAAUGACAAUUUAAAAUAUGUCAAAAUAUAAAUAACUGGUUACUUAUAUUGUUUCUAUAAUAAUUGUAUUGGUACGCAUAUAAUUGCCUACCUUACCUAGAACUAAUUGAAGACCUUGGUGAAACAAGCAGCUAACUCAAUUUUUUAAAAAAAAAAAAAAAUACACUUUUUGAAGACAUAGGUAAUUUAUAGGAAAUAAUCCUUCAUAAUUGAGCGAAGUAAUCAUAUGAAUCCGAUACGAUACGAGUUCAAUACGAUAUAGAUACCUAUAUUUGUAUUUGUGAUUCUUCGGAUCCGCGGGCCUAACUACGAAUGAAGUAGUAAUGAUUCGGAACGGACUGCGCACAGCCAUUUUGUAUUUAUCCUGGCUGGACAGAAUCACUCGGUUAGUUUUCUAGACCUAGCCAUAAACUCAACGGUAGUAAUUCGGACCGGACCGAGCCCAUUCACUCCCGUGUUAUUUGACACGGCCGAAUAAAAAUUAAUUUUUGUUGAAAACCGUUCAUCACUUAUCGGUCCGUUAGAUUGUAGAUUCUAAGACGGUCGAUUGUUGUGUGUCAUGUCCGUAUACAUAAUUAAUAUCUAUGGACAAACGAUGGACUAACGUGUUUUGAACGUUCUAAUAAUAACGCACGCUUAUAGUUGCCUGGUUAAAUGUCGAAGUAAAUUCAUCGGGCAGGGGGCGAGUUUCUAUUUCAGUCGGGCUUGGACUUCAAACACAAAGCCCGUUCUGAGCUCUAGUCCUUGUCUAUGGUUGUUGCUCCAAGGACUCCAAUAUAGACCUUCGUAUAUAUAUUUUUUACUAUUGUUAUUAAAUGUUUUUCCCAAAUGUUAUCAAACAGGCUAUCAGUUGUUUAAAACGCGCUGUUUACUUGCAUCCGUUAAAUUGGAUCGCUCUGUACAACUUGGGCCUGGUACAUCUGUACACCCGGCAGUAUGUUUCAGCAUUUGUGUUUCUGUCAACUUCAGCAAAGCUGAAUCCGAACAACGCUAGUACUUUUAUGCUAAUAGGAUGUAAGUAGUUUAAAAUAUUUUGUUUUCCAUUAAUCGCCCAAUAUUCACCACAUUCCUGCAGCAGUUUUUCUACAGGAAUUACCUUGUAUAUAAAUAUAAUGUUAAAUUAUAUCAAAUCAUUUCGACUACUAUAUUUCCUUCUACACAUAUUAUAGGCAUGACACUUAUACAGGUAUACUCAUGUGAUUAAUACAUUACUUAUGUAUUACUAAUCUAGCGGGUAGUCUGAUAGUGAUUUCAUAUUAAAAACCUUCAUAGGCAGUUUGAAUUAUUUUAAUAACUAAAGAUAGUUUAUGAUUUAUAUUUGAUAAUAAUUUUUUUAAAAAAAAAAAAAAGCCCGGAAUUAGGUAGAUUUUUCAACAGUAUACUAUUAUUAUUAUUUAUAAAUUAUAAAACGUAAUACUUACCUAACCGAUAAUAAAAUUUACUUAUGUACCUAUGUUAUUUAAUUGAACUUUAGUGGUAUUGAACAAUAUGGACGAUACGAGAAAUGCAGAAAAAGCGUAUCGUAAAUCCAUAGAGCUAAAUCCAAAUUAUCCAGAAGCUCUAAUAAAUUUGACAAUUUUAGAACUGAACCAAGGAAAAGUUCAAGAAGCCAAAAAUAGUUUCUGUUCUUUUCAAGAAGCAUGUCUGUCUGGCGGUGCAAUUGAUAAAGAAGUAAUGUUGCGGAAUAUAAUAUAUUGUGUAUAUUUUUUUAAACACCUACUAAUAAAAUAUUCUUAAGUUUUCUAAUAUUCUUAAUAUUCUACUAAUUCUUAAGCAAUUAUAAUUUUACAAAAAUGUUUUUCUUUCACACUUUUACAGUUUUUAAAACUAUAUUUUCACGAAAUUAUAUAGGGGUACUGUAUUUUUUCAUUUGGUAGAAACUUACUAAAAUACUAACGUCUAACAUUUUAUAAUUUCAUAAUACAUUUAAAAUAGUCAUAUUUAAUUUGUAUUGGGUAUUGGGUUAAAUUAUCUUUGUUAUGGGAAAAAAUACAGUCAAUAAUCACUACUACUCUAUUGAUUUUAAAAUAUAUACGUAACCCAUGGCAUAUUGUCAUAACUUUUGGUUAGUCAUCUAAGAUCCAAAUAAUUGUACACAAGGUACACCAACCGACCCACUCACUCGUAAAACAACUGGGAUAUUUAACUCACAUGACACUAGUGUUCCGCGCCACUGAAUAUAGGCUACGUUAUACAGGGUGUCCUAAAGUGUUAUCCUUUUACUAAUAUAUACUUUUUUUUGCAAUCGGAUUUUGCGCAAGGGGGACACAGAAAAAUAAUUACAGAAAUUACAGAAUAAUUUUUAUUUUCAUUCCUUAAUCAAUGAAAACAAUUUUUUUAAGUUUUCAAAAUAGCCAUAUUGUAAAAUAUAUUGUUCUAAACGUUUUAAUGUAUCAUACAUUCAUAUUCGAUUAAUAGUUUCUUAGUUGUAAGUGGCUUUAAUUCUUACCUAUGAAUUUUCCACAACUCCAUUAUGGUGAUAUUCAGAUUAGGAAGAAUCGGUCACUACUGCGGUCUAACGAUCAUAUAAGUUUAUAGGAUAUAAAUCUAAAGAACGGAAUGAGAACGAUUUUUUACUAUUUUUUUUUUUUUUUAGUCUUGUUCCGAGUGCUUAAAAAUUCAGUGAUGACCGUAUUUUUUUUUUACCUGAGUGAGUAUCACUAACGCCCUAGAAUAAGGGUGGUAAAAAAGGAGGAAUGUAACAGUUUAAGGAACAAAUUCCGAAAAAAACGAUCACUUUCCGAGAUUUUGAGUAUCUUAAGUUAUGUUGAUCAUUCUCUAUUUUAGUGUCACUUCUAAGAAAUUAUUCUUUCUCCCACGGACAAAUUGUAAGUAAAUAUAAGUUCAUUCCCGGGAUUUAUAAGUUGACUGUAUCCCCGUGAGGAGCUUUUGAAGUUUGAGUAGCAGCUGCCCCCCCCCCCCAAAUCAUUCUAAUCAAAAUAUAAUUUAGUAAUAUGAUAUUGUUAUUAUUAGUUUCAUAUGAAUUUAUCUUUACGCAUAAAAACACAAUGGAUCCCACUGAACAAGUUUGUGAGGGCUCAUGACAGUCGCAGAUCUGAGGAGGGGGAUGUUGGUUAUGUUCGCCCCGUUCACUUUCUAAUACACACUUAUCUUAAUUUAUUAUUGGGCUCAUCCUACAUGUGAACAUUAUAUUAUGAAUUUUAAAAAUAACCCGUUAUCUUGUCCUGGAUCCGCUACUUGUCCAUGAUUUCACAAUUCACAGUAUUUACGAAUACAUAAUAUUUACACUAUAUAUUUACGAUGUCUUAGCGCCAUCUAUUAGAUGCAGUCGAAAACCCACCCAGUGAUCGACCUACAAUAGUACUAAUAAUUAAAAAUAUUAUGUAUUUAUAAAUAUUUUAAGUUGUGAAAUUAUGAACCCUACGAACUUAUUCAGUGGGCCAGUGGCAUCAUCAUUUCGAUUUUGUUUUUAAUACGCAUUGUGCAAUCAUUUCCAACACAUCUAUUAAAACCGUGUUAUAAGAAAUUAAGUAAUAAAAAUGACUUAUAAAGUUUCAUUCACAAAUCAUCACGAUUAUAAAGAACUUGACAAUCAUAAACAAUAUCUACGUAAUAUCCUAAUCAUGUUUUCGGUUUUAAUUCAAAAGAAAAAACGAAAUAUUCAAACCACUAGGUAAUACGUAUGCUAUCCACCAUUAUUCAGUCCAAACAAACAAAAACGAUUUAUAACAUCGGGCUAUAUUACUUAAUUUCACUUAUAGUUAAUAUUGAAUUGUAAAUAUGUACGCAAAUGUAUAGGUACCUUGACUAUUCCUUUUCUUGAUUUCGUGUUUCCGCCGAAAAUUAAAUUUAAAUAAUAUCAUACUUUCAGAGUUAUAAAAUAGAUGUUUAUUUGUACAAUAGUCCAGUAUUUAAGUAAAUACGAAUUUUUUUUUUCUAAUCGGAUAGAUACUUGAAAUAGGUACUUCGAUACUGAUAUUAUUUUUCCAGUACUAAUAAUAAUAAGGGUCCAUAUAGUAUAGUGACUGUACUAGUAACCAACCAUCCGACACGCACGCAUUUUUUCAAAGCGGCUAAAAGGCAAUAAAAAUAUCAAUAAAUUUUUAUGUUUUUCUCCAGUCAACAAAAUAUUGUUCGCGUAGAACAAAAAUAAAAAUUUUCAUAUAAAAUAAUACAAACGUAUAGUUGUUCGACAGAUUUCGCACAUUUUUUUUGAAUAUGGAACUCCAUCAAAUGCGCCCCAAAAUCGCUCCGAGAACGUCUCCUCUACCUGUAAAGGAAAAUUUUUUUGUUACGACACAUCACUAAAUGGCAAUAUUUACUAGUUAUCACAAUGACUAACAACAGUAUCUUUACACUUCACACUAGUAAUUCUUCACGGCGUCCCCCCAUUACAACCAAAUAUAAACAUGAAUAGUCAUAGACGUAAAUUGUAGGUACUUGUAUACGUUUACAAUAAUAUUGUAUAGAAUUAAACACUUCACGUGGGUACGUAGUAUAAUUUACGAAAUAUGCCGAUUUUUUUUUCGAAUUGUUUAUAGCUAUUUGAAAUUUUCGCGUUUUUUGUUUUACAAUUUUUCGUAUUUUAUGAUUUUUGUCAAAAAUUGAACUACAAUUCAUAACGAUCAAUUAUUUAAUUUAAAAAAAAUCACCUCCUCAAUGCACCAAAUAAAUCGUAAAUUCUACGUGAAAGCUACUGUGGAGUUUUUGGUUGAAGCAAGACGAGAACUCGCACACAGGCAAAAAAAAGGACACCAAACUAUAAGUUCCUAAACAAUCAAGUAGGUACUUUAUUAAGUGGGCCCAUGUGAUAUAGGUCAUGUUCAUAAUCAAAAAUUUCAGUACUAAAACAACGAUAUGAAAGUUUAAUUUCUUAUUUAUCCUGAUGUUUAGCCAAUAUGCGUGUUCGUGUACGUAUAUACUUACAAAAAUGUAGUCAUCCUGACAAUCCUGAUUAUUUUCAACGCUGUCCAUAUUGUACUCCGCUUGACAGUUUCCGCUGGCGUGUUUAUAAUUGUAUCAAUCUAAAAUUAAUGAUUUUAUAUUGUAUUUUUACCAAACUCAAAACACUGUGUUUAAAUAAAUAAACAGUAUAUUGUUGUUUAGCAACAAAUGUAUAUUUAAACGAAAUAUUUCAAAUGUUAUACCGCAUUACAGUGUCCGGUGUAAAUUUUAAAUGUACCCACUGUCACACUCAUAGCGGCUUGUCGUGAUAACUGGAUAAUUUAUAAUUGCAAUUAUUUACGGUUUUAUUUAAAUAAAUAAUUGUUGAUUUUCAAUACCUACGGUUAAGGUUCUGAGCAUUGGUGUGUGCUUUUUUCGGUUCGCAACUGUUUUACCAGAAAUCGUGCUCCGAUCAUUGACUUCAAGGAUGAUUUCUAGUAAAACGUGCCGUUUAGCUGAUGUAUUGAAAUCAUUUUUUGAUUUCUUUGUAACUGAGAAAACAUGAAAAUUUAUGUAAUAGCGAUUUUUUUUUGAAAUAAUCGUUUAAAAAUAAUCAUAGACCUGAAAUUGUCUCCGAAUAUUUAUAUUAGCUCUUCCUAGACGUGUUUUUUGAUCAUUUUGAUGUACUUAAAAUAUUCUAUCCGUGUAUCUGAAACCAGAAAAAUAAUUAUUCAACAAUUUUAAAAAACUAUAAAUAACACAAAUAAAACUGGAAUAUUUUAAAGUUCUUUUUGUCUAGAAAAUUUCAGAAUAAAUAGAAAUUUCAGUUUUCUACAAAUAUUUUUCACUGAACUACAACAAAACAAUCAUUCGAUAUUAAAAAAAAACCAUGUUAAAUAAACCACUGAAAUAUAGGUAACAGUUUUUCUAGUUUUCCCGCGUUAUUAAAAAUUACAAAGAGUAUCAAAAAAGGACUUACCCUACGCAACAAGAUAACAUUUGUUACCAGAAACCACCCUUAAGUUGAUGAAGCGAAGUAAGAUUUCCAAACAAAUUUUCAAAAAAACAAAAUCUAAUAUAUUUCUCACUUCUCUCGGAUUCUAAUAAAGGAAAGCGUUUCACCAAUUUUUUCAAUUUUGAUUGGCCAAAAUCUAGUCAAUCGAUUAUAAAAGAACGUAAUUUUUGAUUGUUUUAUAUAGACAAAAAAUAAAUGUAAAAAUAAUAUGAGGAAAUUUCCGAAAUGUUGACCAGAUGUCAAUCACCAAUACUUGGGGAUGAGAGGGGGUUAAUUGCUUCACCCUUUCCUAAAAUCAUCCACGGCAUCAACUCUUUUUUUAUUUGAAUAUUUGGCACACCUUAAAGAUAAUAGAAUUUAUUAUUUUGAAACAAAUAUUUUUUAUCAAAAUAUUGAAAAUCAUAAGUGUAUGUAAUCAUAAUUGGUUUUAAUUCAAACUCGUUACCAAUCACGUUUGCUUACAAUUUGUGGAUUGUUUUUUAUCCAUUAUUAUGAUCCAUGAGCUGUGCCAAUAUAAUAUCACAAUUUUUUUUCAACUAAGUAGUACAUUUUUUUUUUUCCGUUUACAGUGUAAUUUAUUUUGAUUUCAGAUUUUUGAAUUGGGGAAACAAGUUUCAGAUAUUUUAGAUGGACAUAAUAAAUGUGUUAAAGAAAACGAUAAUAGAACAACUGAUCAAGAAGAAAAUAUAGUAGAAUGA